AUGGGGGCCAGAGCGCGACAGCGGAGGUCGCACGGGGAGAAGAGCGCCUCGCCCUUGUCCAUCAACACCGGCCGCGACACCAACGGCGACACCAACGUCGACGUCAACAGCGACAUCAACGGCGACAUCAACGGCGACAUCAACGGCAAAGUAGCCACGCCGCGCCGCAACAAGAAAAACGGCACCAUGAACGCCGGCGUCGAGAUGCGCCGCAAGGCCGCCGCCAACGAUGCCGCCUCCCUCACCUCCAACUACAUGGCCCGCGAGUCCUUCUCCCUCGACGACCCCGUACCCAAGUCGCCGGCGGCCAACGAUGCCGGCUUCUUCCAGCUGCCGCUGCAGGACCAGCGCAACUUUAUGCUCCUCGUCCUACUCUACUUUCUCCAGGGCAUCCCCAUGGGCCUCGCCAUGGGCUCCGUCCCCUUUCUACUCAAGAACCACAUGUCGUACACCGAGAUUGGCGUCUUCACGCUGGCGUCCUACCCCUACUCGCUCAAGCUUCUCUGGAGCCCGUUUGUCGACGCCGUAUGGAGCCCCCGGUUUGGCCGCCGCAAGACGUGGAUCGUCCCCAUCCAGUUCCUCUCCGGCUUUGGCAUGCUCUGGCUCGGUGGCCACGUCGAGGGCAUGUUGGCGACUACUGGUAAGCCCGGCGGCCCCACCGUCUGGUCCUUUAUGCUCUGGUGGUUCUUCCUGGUCCUCAUGUGCGCCACCCAGGACAUCGCUGUUGACGGCUGGGCUCUGACUCUGCUGAGCCCUGGCAACGUUUCGUACGCGUCGACUGCGCAGACCGUCGGCCUGACUGCCGGCCAUUUCAUGUCUUACACUGUCUUCCUCGCCCUCAACGCCUCUGACUUUGCCAACAAGUGGUUCCGAGCCGUCCCCUCGGACGACGGUCUCGUCUCGCUCGGUGGCUACCUGACGUUUUGGGGCUGGAUGUAUAUUCUUGUCACCAUCGGUCUCGGCUUUAUCAAGCGCGAGGAAAAGUCGCAAAACGAGGAGGGUGUCUGGGAGGUCUACAAGAUCAUGUGGGGCAUCCUCAAGCUCAAGAACGUGCAGACCAUCAUCAUUGUCCAUCUCAUUGCCAAGAUUGGCUUCCAGGCCAAUGACGGCGUCACCAACCUCAAGCUUCUCGACAAGGGCUUUGGCAAGGACAACAUGGCCCUGACGGUUCUGAUUGAUUUCCCCUUUGAGAUUGGCCUGGGCUACUAUGCAGGCAUGUGGUCGCAAAAAUACGGUGCCAUGAGACUCUGGGGCUGGGGCUUUGUCGGCCGUCUCGGUGCUGCCCUUUUGGCGCAGCUCACCGUGGCUAUCUUCCCCGCCGAGGGCGUCACGACCUGGUACCUUGUCACUGUCAUCCUCUCGCACAUCAUCUCGACCUUUACCAACACCAUCAUGUUUGUCGCCGUCUCAGCCUUCCACGCCAAGGUCUCGGACCCCGUCAUCGGCGGCACCUACAUGACGCUGCUCGCCACCGUCUCCAACCUGGGAGGCACAUUCCCUCGCUACUUUGUGCUGCGCCUCGUCGACGUCUUUACGGUAGCCACCUGCCACCCCGGCAAGCACACCAGCAGCGCCAAGCUCAAGGGCACGCUGGUGACGGAGGCGUUUUCCUGCGCCGUCCAGGCUGAAAAGGAGCGAUGCCAAGACGGCGGCGGCGUGUGCCAGAUGACGCGCGACGGCUACUACUGGGUCAAUGUCCUGUGCGUGAUCUUUGGCGCCGUCACCUUUUUCUGGUACAUUAAGCCCAAGGUGCGACAGCUCCAAGCCCUGCCGCUGCGGGCGUGGAGGCUGGCCCCAGGCAGGCAAUAG